AUGUUAGGAUGGUUCAGUCAUCGAUCAGAAACACGUUUCAACAUGGAUAAUGUUCUUGAUUUGGAUGAUGGUGCGUCUGGGUAUAGAAUUAGUAAUCCACCCAUUUGUUUGGUGGUGCCGGUAGUGGGUAUGUUAGAGGUAUUCAAAACCGUAUCACUAGAGGACUUGCGCAGUAAAUCGCUCUACCUAACCGGUUACCUAGAAUUUCUUCUCAAAAAAUUCUUCGCGGAAUCCUCAGAGGACAGGCCGACCAAAAUCUCUUGUUCAAUCAUUACGCCUCAGGAAUUCCAUGAACGAGGCUGCCAACUAUCACUUCGUUUCUCAGCUCCGAUAGACAUCAUUUAUCAGGAGCUGAUAAAAAGAGGAGUUGCGGUGGACAAACGAUAUCCAUACGUGAUACGUGUAACCCCUGUUCAUCUCUAUAACACCUACGUGGAUUGUCAUCGCUUCGUUACUGCUUUAAUCGACUCGUGCAAAGUGGCUGAAAAUUUGUUAUAA